UCAUUUCCCUUCUAACCUCUUCUAAUCUUUCGUCUCCAGUGCGCUUCUACUCAGUCUUUUGAAUUUCCUCUUUCUUUCUUAUACUUCUCCUCUCCCAACCGUGCCUUAAUCUCUUAUCUAACACCCUUUCUCUUUAUCUUUUCUCUCUAUCUGCCUGCUACUAUAAGGGAGAAAGAGAGAGAACAAGAACAGUUAGAGAGAGAGAGUGAAAAGGAAAAGAAAGUGGCCCAGAGAGAGAAAGAGAAUGUGAUCUAUUAGAAGAGAGAAAGGACGGAAGACUAAGAGGGAGGGAAGAGAAUGACGCACUGGAAGGCACAGUAAGAGAGAGGAAGAAGGAAAUAGAUCAAGACACAGCGAAAGAAGGGGAGAAAGAGAAAGAGGAAGGUAGAUAAAGAGAGAGAGGGAAGAAAGAGGGACAGGAAGCUAGAUAGAAAGAGGGAGAACGUGUACAGUUGUCCCGGUCGGACGCCAGUAGAGGUCGCUGGAAUAUUAUUGCUGGCAGUUGUGGCUGUGCUUGGGGGCCGGUUGGUCGGCUGUCUCACAUAAAUAAUGACAUCAACAAUCUCUAGUUUAAACAGUUUAUUUUCCUUCACGAGUCCUGCAGUGAAACGAUUAUUGGGUUGGAAGCAGGGAGAUGAAGAAGAGAAGUGGGCUGAAAAAGCUGUUGAUUCUUUGGUGAAAAAACUUAAAAAAGAGAAAAAAGGGGCCCUUGAAGAGUUGGAAAAGGCUCUCAGUUGUCCUGGACAACCGAGUAAAUGUGUCACAAUUGCUCGUUCUCUUGAUGGUCGUCUGCAAGUGUCUCAUCGUAAAGGAUUGCCUCAUGUUAUUUACUGUCGUGUAUGGCGCUGGCCUGAUCUACAAAGCCAUCAUGAGUUAAAACCUCUGGAAUGUUGUCAGUACCCAUUCAGUGCCAAACAAAAGGAGGUUUGCAUCAAUCCAUACCAUUACAAACGUGUAGAAAGUCCAGUUCUUCCACCAGUUCUUGUUCCUCGAUACAGUGAAUUUCCAGCAGGUGGCCAUGCAACUCAUCAUCAAAUGGCCCCUUUCCAUCCAAUCCAAGAGCCAGCCAUGCCCCAUAAUGUCACUUAUCCCUUUAUCAACCAACAGCCACAGCAACAGCGCCAACAUUCUCCUGCAAGUUCAGCCCCCAGCAGUCCUUUUGGACUACCUGCUGACACCCCUCCUCCUGCCUACCAACAACAUGACGACACUUCCCAGAACAACAUGGCCAACAAUAUGAGCAUGCACCAAGGCAAUACAGGUAUGCAGCAAGGAGGGCAAAGCCCACCACAAGCAAUGGAUACUACAAUAGCUACACCUCAAGAUGGUAUGCAAGUUACAUAUCAAGAACCGCAGUAUUGGAGUUCCAUUGUCUAUUAUGAGUUAAAUAGCCGCGUUGGGGAAGCAUUUCAUGCAUCAAAUACCAGCAUUGUUGUUGAUGGCUUCACUGAUCCAUCCAAUAAUGCUCAACGCUUUUGCCUCGGUUUACUCUCCAAUGUCAACAGGAAUUCAACCAUUGAAAACACUAGAAGACAUAUUGGUAAAGGUGUUCAUCUUUAUUAUGUUGGUGGUGAAAUGUUUGCUGAGUGUCUCAGCGACAGCAGUAUUUUUGUCCAAAGUCGAAAUUGUAAUUACCAUCAUGGCUUCCAUCCAACCACAGUUUGUAAGAUCCCACCUGGCUGUAGUCUCAAAAUUUUUAACAAUCAAGAAUUUGCCCAGCUUCUUAGUCAGUCAGUUAAUCAUGGAUUUGAAGCUGUCUAUGAACUAACCAAAAUGUGCACCAUCCGGAUGAGUUUUGUGAAGGGGUGGGGUGCUGAGUAUCAUCGCCAGGAUGUGACAAGUACUCCCUGUUGGAUUGAAAUUCACCUCAACGGCCCCCUUCAAUGGCUUGACAAGGUGCUGUCACAGAUGGGCCCACCCCAUAACCCUAUAUCGUCUGUGUCCUGAUCUGUUGUUGUGUGUAUUGUCUUGUUGAUGUUGUCUGGAGACAAAGGGUGGGGGUGCAGGGGACAUUAGUACUGCAGCGGUUCUACCACCAUCUCCUCCUCCUCCCUCCUCCUCUUCUGCCUCACUUGUCUUCAUCAUAGUCACCAUUCAAAACACCUUACAUGCAAGCCUAAAUAUUUCAAACUCUUUAUAAAUAGCAUCAUCUCUCUCUCUCUCUCUCUCUCUCUCUCUCUUUCUCUCUCUCUCU